GACGCCUCGAAGGGCGAGUGUGAAUUGAGUUGCUUGCAUCAAUCCCAAAUCUUGCGAUCGCGAUUUCCGAUACUCAAGCGCCAAUGACACAACAGCCACUAUUUAACCCCGUAUACAUCUCUCAAGAUGUCCAGAGACAAUUGAAAGAGGGCUUUGUCGUUCGACCCCUUGAAGCGGGUGACUACGAGAAAGGGUUCUUGGAUGUUCUGUCACAACUCACUACCGUUGGAAACAUGUCAAAGGGCGACUUUAUGGAGCGAUACGCAUAUCUUAAAGCACAUAAUCACGAGUACUUUACCAUUGUCAUCGAAGAUGCCAAGAAGCAGAUCAUUGUGGGGGCUGGAACGAUUCUUGUGGAACGGAAAUUUGUGCACCACAAUGGGCUUGUCGGACACAUCGAAGAUAUCGUGACGCACAAAGAGUACCGUGGGUUGAAUCUUGGAAAGCUCGUUAUUGAAACACUAAAGCACAUUGGGAAAAUGACCGGCUGUUACAAAAUCAUCCUGGAUUGUAGCGACAAGAACAUCCCGUUUUACCAAAAGUGCGGAUUUGCUCAUAAGGAAUUCGAAAUGGUGCUUUACAUUGAUGAGAACGAUGCCGCCAAAGCUCCAAAGAGCAAAUUAUAGAUUGAAUAAAAACGACUUUUUGCAUGAAUAGGCAGCAGUUUUAGAGUCGAAGUACAUCACUCAACUGACCAGGACAUUGGUAUCAUUUGGAACUGACAGUACUGUGUGAAACUGGUGGAAGUCCUAUUUACGUGAUACUCAGCAUGUUCAUAUUUGAGAACGUGUCGAUGCAACCUCUAUGGAACUCUCUUCAACCCUUCUACAUGACUAGAUAACCCUCAAAGUCUUUUCCUACGUUUCCUUCGAUACUUAACGUUUCUGCACACUUCCUGUACACCCAACCUCAACCGC